AUGAUCGUACUCGCCUGGAUUCUCAGGUGGAUCAUCAAAUGGAUAAUCGGCAUGAUCAUAAAGUACACCCUCAAGAUAAUCCUCAAGGCUAUCCUGGGCCCCAUUCUCGUGGCCUUCGGCUUCGGCCCUCUCGGUCCCAUCGCCGGCACAAUCGCCGCCUGGUGGCAGGCCUGGUACGGCGGUUUCGUCCCCGCUGGCAGUGUCUUCUCUUUCUUCCAGUGGUUGGCGAUGGUUAUACUCUGA